AUGGAUCCUGAAGCAUUUACAGCAAGCUUGUUCAAAUGGGACCCACGAGGGAUGGUUCAACCGGCCAACCGCCUAAUGGAAGCCGCGGUGCCACCACCACCGCUUCAGGUAGCGGCGGCGUACGGUUUGCGGCCACGGGAGUUGGGUGGUCUAGAGGACCUGUUUCAGGCAUACGGGAUCAGAUACUACACGGCAGCGAAGAUUGCGGAGCUAGGGUUCACGGUGAGCACGCUUUUGAACAUGAAGGACGAGGAGCUCGACGAGAUGAUGAACAGCCUAUCACAUAUGGCCAGGUGGGACCUUCUCGUUGGGGAGAGGUACGGUAUCAAAGCCGCUGUAAGAGCUGAAAGAAGAAGACUUGAUGAAGAAUGCUCUCGAAGACGUCAGUUUCUUUCCUCUGACACUACCAAUACCCUCGACGCUCUCUCUCAAGAAGGCUUGUCGGAGGAGCCGGUGCAGCAAGACAAGGAGGCCGCUGGGAGCGGCGGAGUGGGGACAUGGGAAAUGAUGGCGGCGGUGGGGGACAGGAAGAAGCAGCAGCGGAGACGGAAAGGUCAGAAGAAAGUGGUUGAUGUUGAUGCCGAUGACGACAACGACGAGGAUGACGAAAACGGUGGUGGGUCCGAGCGACAGAGGGAGCAUCCUUUCAUUGUGACAGAGCCUGGUGAAGUGGCACGUGGCAAGAAGAACGGCCUCGAUUACCUCUUCCAUCUAUACGAGCAGUGCCGGGAUUUCUUGAUUCAGGUCCAGAACAUCGCCAAGGAUCGCGGCGAAAAAUGCCCCACUAAGGUAACGAACCAGGUUUUCAGGUACGCGAAGAAGGCCGGAGCGAACUACAUAAACAAGCCCAAAAUGCGACACUACGUGCACUGCUACGCACUUCACUGCCUGGACGAGGAAUCAUCGAAUGCGCUUAGGAGAGCGUUCAAGGACAGAGGAGAGAACGUUGGGGCAUGGAGACAGGCCUGCUAUAAGCCUCUGGUGGCUAUAGCCGCGACGCAAGGGUGGGACAUUGAUGCCAUUUUUAAUGCACAUCCUCGUCUUUCGAUUUGGUACGUUCCGACCAAGCUUCGUCAACUUUGUCAUGCCGAACGCAACUGUGCCUCGGCUUCUACCUCUAUAUCUGGCGGUGGCGAUCCCCUGCAGCAUUAUUAGGACAUGAUUUUCCAUAUAAUGCAAUGUUGUUUUGUAUUAGGGUACGUUAUUGUUCGAAUUACAUUGAUUUUAGUAGGUGAUAUAUGCUGCAAUAUAUGUAUCUAAAGGGGUAUGUGUU